AAAUCUAAACCCUAAUUCCCUAAACUAAUCAGCGCCGCACAGCCACAGCUCCACCACCGCGCCUUGUCUGACUCCCAUCGCUCUCCAGUCUCCACCACCGCGCGGUCCGCGCCGUCCCACCCCGCCGGCCGCCACCCCACCUACUCUGCGCCUGCAAUCCCCCACCACGCCACCUCCGCGCUUGCAAUCCCCCAGAGCAGCUCGAAGCUCGAGCGCAGAGCGCCGCAGAUCUGCGCCUCUCUUCCCGACGGCCGACGCCCUCCACCUCUGACCUCAGAGUUUCAGACGCCCUCCACCUCUGACCUCAGUUUCAGACGCCCUCCCCAGAGCACCUCAUCGGCGCGUCAUUCCUUCAAGCUGCAGGCGUAGGGUUUAUCGUUAUUGUUUAUUCUCUCUGAACGGUGAUGGAAGUCCAAGCUCCGCCGCCUCCGUCGUGCUGGAGCAAUGUCCUGAAGCAGCAACCCCCGUCACAACCACAACAAAAGCCACAGCACCAAGCUGACUUUAUCGCCCAAAAAUUGGUGGGAAGCUGCUCAUCGACAAAGGGAAUCGCGGUCGCGGUGGUCGACGCUAACGCAAUAAUUCAGGGCGGGGAGAGGCUCUUCCACUCCGCCGACCGUUUCGUCUCCGUCGCUGAGGUCAUCAGCGAAAUUCGCGAUCCCGCCUCCCGCCACGCCCUCCACUUUCUGCCCUUCACUGUUGAUACUCUCGAGCCUUCGCCUGAUGCUCUUAAGAAAGUGGUCAGCUUUGCAAGGGCAACUGGUGACUUGCAAACACUUUCAGAUGUGGACUUGAAGCUCAUAGCUUUGACCCAUACGUUGGAGUCCCAAAUCCAUGGGACUCAGCAUCUCAGAGACAGCCCGCCUCCUAUUCACGCAGUUAACAUUAAAAGGCUUCCUGAAAAGGACUUACCUGGCUGGGGUUCUAAUGUCCCUAAUCUUGAGGAAUGGGAAGCCCUGGACCAUGCCGAAGACAAUGGAUCACACGUUAAUUCUAGAAUAUUACCCCUCAAAGAUUUGAGCCUCGGGGUUAUUCCAGAAGGUCAGACUUGUACGGAGGAUGUUUCCAGUCAAGAUGGCAGGUCGUGCGCUGGAAAUCAGGAGAAUGGUGAUGCUGUUUUUGGAAAACCCAAGAGAUACUAUCCGAAGAAGAGUGAGGUUAAAAUUGACGGGAAAAAGAUGGUGGCUGAUGGUAUUGAUGCAUCACUAGGUCAAUUUGAUGAGAAUUCCGAUGAUUGGAGACCUGCAGUGAGUCGAAGCACUCAUAGAAGAUUUCUCAGGAGAAAAGCUAGACGUGAAAUGAGUGAUGCAUCUUCUGUACAACAAGACACAUCGAGUAAUCUGGAAAAUGAAAACCUCGAUGAUGACGCAUGUCCAGAGCUUCUUGUGGAUGAAAGUUAUGAAGAAACAGUAAAUGGUUUCUGUAAGGAUGGUAAGAUAAGUACUAAGGAAAACGGAAAUGCAGAUAUAUCUGAAGGUGUGAAUAAGAUGAAAUUGGAUGAAGAAUGCUCGAUGUCUUCUCAAAAUGUUGACAGGGUAAAUCUUCCUUCUCCUGGAGAUGAAUUCUGUGGGGUAGAGCCAAUGGAUUCUUCCAGUGAAGUCCCACGAGAGGCCCAUGUUGAGAUCACUGAUGAGCUGGGGAACUUGGAGAUGACGAGCCAGACAAAUGAAGAUGCUGAUACAUGGCAUACAGAUGAUAUAAGUAGCGAGCAGAGCUGGACACUUAGAUCCUUGUCCGAGUCUAGUGUUGCUUGCAUAACUGCUGAUUUUGCAAUGCAAAAUGUGCUACUUCAGAUGGGUUUAAGACUUCUCGCACCUGGAGGAAUGCAGAUUCGUGAGCUUCACAGGUGGGUGCUCAAAUGCCAUGCUUGUUCUAAGGUGACUACAGAAACUGGCAAGAUUUUCUGUCCCACAUGUGGGAAUGGGGGCACAUUACGAAAAGUAGCUGUUACGGUUAGUGAUAAUGGUAUUGUGUUGGCUGCACGUCGGCCGCGCAUAUCCUUACGUGGAACAAAGUAUUCACUGCCUCUACCUCAAGGAGGUAGAGAUGCAAUUACAAAGAACCCUAUAUUACGCGAAGAUCAGCUUCCACAGAAGUUUCUGUAUCCCAAGACAGAGAAGAAAAACAACCAGGACGACGAUUUCUUUAUCCCGGACGACGUUUUCCUCCAUCACAAUGAUAAGAAAGCUCCACUCCAGCCUCCGAUUAGAAAAGCACUUGCUGUCUUCAAAGGGAAGAGGAACCCUAAUGACAUCCGUUACGCGCCACGAAAAUGUUGAGCACCAUAUUCAUAUCUUUACUUUGUUAUAAUCCUAAGCUAGGAGUUUGAUGCAUCAAUUUUGCUGCGGCAAAUGUUUGGGACGAUGUGAUGACUGAUGAGUAUCUGAAAAUUCUUUUGCUUUUUUCUUUGCCGUGAUGUAUUAAAGUUUUACUCCAAUUGUGGAACAUGUCACAGAUGUAUCACUUUUUCGUUAUUGUAUUAUUUAAUUUUGGAUACUUCAAA